UUCUUCGCUGCCUCCUCAGAAGGAAAAGCCUCCUUGGAAGCUCAAAGAAAGGAGAAUCAUGAUUCCCUGCGAUUUCUGCCUAGGGAAACCUCACUUAGCGGAGAAGAAGUGUCUGACCUGUGAGGCGUCCCUGUGCCGGGACCACCUGAGGAAACACAAUUUGAAGGCCACCCAGAAGAACCAUGCCUUGGUGGCUCUUGGAGCCCAGGAGGAGGAGAAAUGCCCAGAGCAUGCCAUGCUGCUGGAAUGCUUCUGUCAAGACGACUUGGUGUGUGUUUGCAAGGCCUGCUCCACCACUGGCUCCCACAGCAGCCACAGCGUCGUCGCCCUGAAGGACGAGUACGACAAGCAGAUGGUAAGGGGCUUCAACCAGGCAUGGAGCGUUCCAAAUAGGUCCUCCAAUUAAAUGUAACAGAGAGAGAUGUUUUAAAUAGAAACGGGUGUCAGAAUGUGGAAAUGGGGGGAGAAAAUGAAGCAAAAAACAUCAAGCAUCAAGUAGCAUUCAAAGCCUGAUAACUAAGGAGUAGCAAAUUAUACUUGUGGGGUGUUUUUCUGAUGGUGAGGCAUGUAUUUAUACAAAUAUGUAGUCAGGGGAAGCGCUGUAGCUCACCGUGGUAGAGCAUGCACUUUUCACCCAGAAAGUCAUAGAAUCAUAGAAUCAUAGAGUUGGAAGAGACCACAAGGGCCAUCGAGUCCAACCCCCUGCCAAGCAGGAAACACCAUCAGAGCACUCCUGACAUAUGGUUGUCAAGCCUCUGCUUAAAGACCUCCAAAGAAGGAAACUCCACCACACUCCUUGGCAGCAAAUUCCACUGUCGAACAGCUCUUACUGUCAGGAAGUUCUUCCUAAUGUUUAGGUGGAAUCUUCUUUCUUGUAGUUUGGAUCUAUUGCUCCGUGUCUGCUUCUCUGGAGCAGCAGAAAACAACCUUUCUCCCUCUUCUAUGUGACAUCCUUUUAUAUAUUUGAACAUGGCUAUCAUAUCACCCCUUAACCUCCUCUUCUCCAGGCUAAACAUGCCCAGCUCCCUUAGCCGUUCCUCAUAAGGCAUCGUUUCCAGGCCUUUGACCAUUUUGGUUGCCCUCCUCUGGACACGUUCCAGUUUGUCAGUGUCCUUCUUGAACUGUGGUGCCCAGAACUGGACACAGUACUCCAGGUGAGGUCUGACCAGAGCAGAAUACAGUGGCACUAUUACUUCCCUUGAUCUAGAUGCUAUACUCCUAUUGAUGCAGCCCAGAAUUGCAUUGGCUUUUUUAGCUGCUGCAUCACACUGUUGGCUCAUGUCAAGUUUGUGGUCAACCAAGACUGUCCCAUUGAACUGAGAAAUGACACCAAACCAACAGUGGAGACUUCCUAUAGACCUUGCUUAGCCUCAGCACUUUCUGCAGGUAUCUUCAUUUCCGUGCUUGACAAUGUGUUUGUGCAUUACAGCUCCUGGCAUUGAUCAUUGACUUUUUCUCCCCCUCUGAGCAUGGCAAUAUGCCAGCCAAGAUUAACAAACACUCCACUGUGUGUUAACAGCCCUUCCCAUCUUAUCAACAACCCCUGCUAGAUUAGAGGACAAUUUUGCAAAAAAAGUUAGUGGUAACUAAUGCCAUUGCUUUUAAUUUAUGGCUUUCUGUAAGAACCUGCAGCCUGCUUCUAGAAGAACAAGUUUGCUGUUUGCUUGUUGUUUGCCGCCCUAGGCUCCUUCAGGAGGAAGGGCAGGAGAUAAAUUACACAAAAAAUUACAAAAUUACAUAAAAAAUAAAAGUUCUGCUGAGGCUAGUGGGACUUUGACCAGGAUAUGGGGACAGAAGAGCCUUGGAACACUUCUGUGUACUUGAUUGCAUACUUGAUUGUGCUUUAAAUCAUUAGGAGUCUAGCUACUUGGGAAGAAGACCCAACAUAUUAUUUGAAAAGACAAAUAAAGCAGAAAUUCACCAUCAUGGCAGCCCAAACAUACAAAUGGAGUUCAAUGAGGGUUAUUUCCAAGUGAAUGUGCAUUCCAUUCUCAAACUGCAACCACAAACAUCCUUGCCAGGAUGCAUGGCAGCCACCUGAGAGUUCUCAAGGAACUCAAAUGUGAAAUUGCUGGUCUUCAAAACAGAAAUAUGUCCCUCGGAUCAUGAAGCAGAGCUAGCAAGGCUUCUACAAGGGAAAAUCCUGUCUCACAAACUCAUGAGGGUGUCAACAAGAGUGUCAGCAAGCAUAUAGACAGAGGUGAUCUGGUUGACAUAGCAUACCUGGACUUUCUAAAAAUGUUUGACGAAGUAUGUCGCCAAAGACUCCUGAGUAAGCUUAGUAGUCAAGAACUAAGAGGAGAAGUCCUCUUGUGGAUCAGGAAUUGGUUAAGUUGGAAGAAGCAAAGAAUAGGAAUAAAUGAACAGUUCUCCAAAUGGAAAAAGUAGAAAGCAGAGUCCCCCAAGGAUCGGUAUUGGAACCUCUGCUAUAGUUGAUUAAUCUACCAAAUAAACUUAUUGAAAUGUACAGUUCUGUGAUUUCCCUUCUGAUUUUCUCUUAAUCAGGCAAUUCUCUCACGGAUUAUGAAAUCAAUGCAGGAAUACAAAACUGCCACAAAGAAGACACUCUUACAGCUUCAGAAAAGUGAGGAUCAGAUAAAGGUUUGUGUUGUAACUUCAUGAUGCCAUGCAUCACUCUCUGGUCCCAGGUGGAAAAUAAUGAAUGUGUCUCCAAUAUGCUUCUCCAUCCAGCAUCCGCAAUCUUUUCAUUUUAACUAUGCAGCACUUUUGGCCAGUGACUCUUUUCACCCAAAGGUUUAUUACCUGAACAUCUACAGUAUCUAUAUCUAUCUAUCUAUCACACAUGGACACAGAUUUAGUUAGUGCACGCUCUAUUUACUGUCUGGACAGGCAUGUGUUUCUACACCCUCUUCAGAUACUUAGCCCCAGAGGAAGGACUGGGUUUGUAAAAAAAUGGCUACUCUAGUGCAUGUGUAUGUGCACUUUCAGUUUUUGUUUAAGGCAUCCCUAAAAUCUACCUAACAGCCAAGUUGGGGACAAAAUAAAGACAGUAGUUUACCAGGGACAAGUACCCGAAAACAUGGGCUCUCCCUGGUUAAGAGUGUGUGACCACUAACAGACACUAGGGGGCUUCCAAGGCAGCACUUCAUAUCACAGACCCACACAGAGCUUGUCUGAGACCUGGGGUGGGAGUCUUGUUAGAAUAAAGUUAAAAACUCAAACAGAAGAGCAGCUGGGCGCAGUGGCGGAGCUUCAUGCUCUGGCACUGGGGGGGGCGGAGGGCAGGGGGGCUGGUGUGUGUCCUGGGGGCGUGGCCCGCUGCCUGCGGUGUUGUGGUGCCCAGCACAGGCGGGGGCAGCCACGAUGGCACCCCACCAGGAUCGCGCUGCCAGGGGCGGUGCGCUCCCCCCCGCACUCCUCUUCCUCCGCCAAUGGCUGGGCCAGCUUAGCUCUCCAAGGCCCAGGACAAGGGCUACCCCCUGCCUCUGCACAGCCCUGCAUAUCAGGCAACCUUUUCUGCCACAACAGAAGACUGGCGAGAUGUGAGCCUCUGGUGCUACUUUUGCUGGGAAACCAGCAGGGCAUGAGAAAAAGAGCACCCAAUGGUAAGGAAGCCAAAGUCAAGCCAGGGAACAGGCAAGAGAUCCCAGCCAAGGCGCAAGGAUUCAGUGAAAGGGGCUAGUGGGUGAACCAUUACAACUGAACCAGAACUCCCAGCAGCACCAGACAGCAGAGAUAGGCUAGCUGAGGCUGAUGACAACAGGUUGGGGGAGGUUGUAUUAGGAUCUGGGAAUUAAAAAGCUCUGUUGACAUUCAAGCUGCAGUCCUAUGCACACUUACAUGGGACUUACUCUUGAGUAUAUAUGCAUAAGUUUGCACUGCACAUUACUCAGUGGCGGUAGCCACAGGAUAACUGAGGCAAGAAUACUUUGGUGUGAUCUUCUGAGGGGCUGAUGCCCACAGUGCUUUUCAGAGCGACUGGCAACAUACUUGGGAGGUUGCUGACAGCUAUAAACUUGAUAGCUUGGUGGCCUGUUUUGCGGAAGCAAUAUGUAAUUUUUCACUAUAAAAAUGUUAUCUGACAUAUAUAGUCUCCACACCUUUUAAAAUAAUGGUUGUUUCCUAAGGGAGUUUUAUGAACAGGGGAGGGACUGUGACCACAGAGCUAACGAUCCUUUUUAGCCUAGAUAGGGAAGUAUUGCUCAAGACACCCCGGGUUUAUGCCCUAGGUCCAACAAUUCAACUGUAAUAAAAAGUUGCCAUCUUUCUUUCCUUAGAACAAUAAGAAAACGUUGACAGAUCAGCUCUCCAGAAUCUUCCAAGAGAUCAAGUCUCAGGUAGAUCAGAAGGAGAAGCAGAUCCUAGGUGACAUCCAGUCCAAUGAGAAAAAGCAGCUGGCUGACAUGGCAGCUCUGAAGAAGCAAGUGGCAGACAAGAGGGACGUGGCUGCCCAGGGCCUUCGGGAGCUACAAGCACUAACAGAGAAAACAGAUGCUUGCCUCUUCCUCAAGGUGAGCAGCUUUUUCUCCCCUUCAAGUUAGCAAAGUCUCAUUUGCUGGAUGCCCCCCUUUCUCUGCGUGCAAUAAAAACAAUUUCUUGUUUUCUUUUUGUCUUUCUGUAGGAUUUUCAGCUAGCCCAAGAGAGGUAAGUUGCACAUCACACAUUCCCCUCCGUUUGCCUGUCACAUAGACUACACUGCUCUCCACAUGUACGUGGUUUCAUAUGGUGGUCCACUGAAUGGACUCAUUGCCAGGUAAUGAGAAGCUUGACAUGAUGGGAGUCUUUUCUCUUCCUCCUACAUCUUCUGAAAGUAUUAGCUUUCCUACCUUCAGGAAUGUGCUUUGCCUCUUCAGUAGCAAUAACGGGACCAUUUUGGAUAAUUGUGCUAAUGAUAUGUGGCAUCUAGUUCCUGGAUUAUUGGUAUAGGAACUCAAGAGUGGCUGGUGAGAGCCGUGCGGUUGAGCUGGAGCAACCAGUUCAAGCCUCUUCACACUUCGAGCUUCUCAUGUAGGGGAGGGGGACAAUAGGCUUAAUUACCUAUUUCCUCCCAAGGUAAGGAAAAUGACAUAGCUAAGCCUAGCAGGACAGCUUACUCUGUGGUAUUAACCCCUUCAUGCAUUAAUUGGACAAGCAUGUUGGGUAUAUGAGUCCGGUUAACCCACACCUCACGCUCAGAAGAUGGAAUGGGGACUGAUUCAGAUGGUUCCCAUUCCCUUUCUGUGGUGUCUGGAAACUAUGGGGCAAAAGCCUCAUCCAAGUCAGUGCUUGAGCUUUCCCUACCCCCAAUCUCCGCACCCUGUCAUCUCUACCCCAUCCUGGUUCGCAUUAGAGGACCCAUGACAGGGGAAAUCAGCAAAAAUAUCCUCCCCACUUCUUCCAUUAGUGGACAACUCUGCUGAAACAGACCCCUUCCUGUGAGUGCAAGGGUUGGAAUUUCACACAAAAGCAAUGACAUACACAACCUCUUCUAUCCGUACACUAUCCAUAGGUUAACUUAGUAUUUACCCUUAGGAGUGACGGACAUUACAAACAGGGGUGGAGUUUGGUAGGUUGUUUGGAUGCGUGGUUGGUUGAAUGACCUCUUGUACAUGCUAGGAUUAAGAAACAGAAUUUCAGCAAUGACAGUGUGGAAGUGCUGACAGUGCAUCUGGAGCAGUCAGACGUUCAGGAUGUCAGAAGUCACACAGCCAUGUAUAUCUCCAACCUAGACGCCCUGAUGCAAGUAGUACAUGGUAAGUGAACGUACCAAAGAACACCUCUCCCAGCAGUGUUAAGUAAGCUAUAGAAGUUACAGUGAAUAUGCUGAUAUGUGAGUAAUAACUAGAGAUUAUGCACUUUGAUAUAUGUGCACGAGCAGUAUGCACAUUCUCCUGCUAGAUACACAUCUGCUAAAUAUAGCAACUUGAAUUACCCUAUUUCCAUGCUGCACAUUUUUCAUUGACUUGAUUAUAGGGCAUAGUCUUAUUUCAUCUGUUUACUUAAAGAUACAAAAUAUAAUCUAGGUUAAAUACCCUUUGCAAUUUAUCUAAAAAGAUUUUGAUGAUCGGUCACAGCAGUAUAACAACUACGGGACUCAUGGGACAGAUUUUCUUUACCUUGUUUGUUUUUGGCUAUUUUAUCCCUUCCAAAUGUUUGGUGAUGCAGAAUCCCUAUUGGACAUUUCAUUUAUCCUCAUAGCUGACUGCAUGUGAAGGUUCUGUCUGCUGGUAUGUGGGUCAGGUCCUGGGCUGGUGUGGAACUAUUUAACUCCUAAGGGACAGAGACUAUUAUCCACUCCUGCCACCACCUUUAAUAGCUAAACCUAGCUAUUAUUAACCACACAAACUGGAAAUAUUAAGACAUAGGUGAGUGCUAGAGAAUUAUCUUCUCAAAGGAGUCAGCCUUACUUUUUCUCCAGGACCUUACGGCAAACUCUCCAAAAGCAAACAGCUUCACUCAAAUGUCUGCUUCAGAUUUCAAACUUCUCUGGAUUUUGCAGUACUGUUCUUGGCUCAAACAUGUACCAAAAUGCAUUUAGGACACCUGUUUCAGAAUAAGAUACAUACAGAAAUACAUUCACUGAGAUAAAAUACUCAUUUUGUGACAAAAUACUAUUUAAUCAUGUAUUUAAAUUAUUUAACUCUGUAUUUAAUAAUUAUGUACUGGGUUUAAAUAUGCAUUUAAAUUCAAACUUUAGAGUGGAGUUUUAAAAACAUAUUCACAUAUUAAUUAAGAAAUGACUCAGAACAAACUUGUGAAUGAACACAUGCAAAAUCAUGGACCAGAAACAGACUGAUCCAUCCCUUAACUGUGUGUGCUGUUGGAUUCCUUAAAGCAGAGGUAGGCGACGUGAUGCCAGUACAGCUCCCAUCUGCCCAUCCCACACUGCCAGUGACCAGGGAUGGUGGAAAUUGUAACCCAAGAACAACUCAAGGGCACCAUGUUGGCUACCGCUGCUUUAGAACAAGGAGAACAUCCAAGUCUUACCUGCCUUGAGCUUGCAUCAUCUCCUGGUGUUAUGAUUCAUUACCUUGUUCUGAAUGUAAUUUCGCAAAUGACAUGCUGAAUCACACCUAUGGGAUCUCUUGAGGCAGUUUGCUUCUGAAACCUCAUCAUGCCAAAUCUGUCCUGGAAAUGGGUCUUGCAGAAACAGUUCCUGAUUACAAGAGUGGUUUUGCAUGAAUCAGCUGUCUUGUCCUGUUUUCUUACUCUUCAUAGGUAAAAUCAUUAGCCAAACACAGUGGAGCAGGUAAAUCCCUUUUUGUCUUUCAGUCUGUUCCUCACAUCCAGCACUGGGUUUUCCAUUCAUUUGUGCUUCAGUUUAGGAAAUGAACAGCACAGGAAUUAAUACUUCAGAUGAAUGUCAUGGGUUCCCCAUACCUUUCUUCACAAAAGAAGAACCUAGUUGAUUAUUUCCUGAUAAAACACAUGAAGAAGGUUUACAAAACACAGUGCAAUCCACAUAUUAAAAAAAACACACCAAAGAUCAAGAGUGGGACAGGAUUCCUUCAAUUCAUGUAACUCUAUUUAGUGUUGAAAUAAGCUUAGCAUUCAAUAGACACUAGCCGAGCCAGUCCAAGACAUUUUUGCACCUGAGACAAGCUGCAAAAUGGUGCCCCCUUCCCUGUCAGGGAAGAAGGGCUGAGUGAAGAUCUACACCAGGAGCAAGGAGUGAAGAAAUGCUGCUUAGGUGGGAUUUGCAUGAUCUGUGUACACAGUGUGUAUCAUGCCUACAUACACGUGCAGGCUUCUUUAUGUAUGUCAUUCUGUCCACAUGGACACUGGGCUCAUACAGAGAGUGCAACCCCCCCCAGCCCAUCGACCAAGAAUGACAACGGCUUUGUGUGAACCACCUCUGUUGAAAUGCAUUGUGUUUUAAGUCGAUGCUGCAAUGCUGUUGAAUUCAAUGGGACAUAUGUCUAGAGCAACACUUUGCUUAGCAAAGAGGUGAAUAAUGUGUGUUGUAGGGGUAUGAAAAUUGCAUUUUGCAUGUGGGCAGGUUACGUUGCCCCUUUAAAGCAAUUAUUGAAGCCUUUUUAAAAUCUGAAUUACCGGGUAAGUCAGCAGAAUGCCCUUUUCACAAGAUACACGCAACGAGAUGGUAAAAAGCUAUAAUCAAAGUGCAGUGAAAUCCUAUGCAUUCUACUCAGACGUCAAUCUCAUUUAACUCAAUGGGACUUACUCUCAGGUAAGUGCAGAAAGCAUUGUGGAUGUAGUGUUACGAUUUCUAGGAUGUUUUCCCAUCUUUGUGUGACUUUUCAUCUGCUGCUUCCUCUUAUGUUUUUCUUUUAAUUGAUACCCAUUAUUCUCUUUUCUCACAAGGACAAUCCCAGCUGCUGAGUUCUCUCUUGAUGGUAGGUGUUUGAAACAUCACUACUAAUUUUCAAGAUGCCAGUCUAUGUCACCUCACCUUCUCCAAAAUUAUUCUGCCAACACCUUAUAAAAUGUAGUUCAGACCAUGAAUCCUGUGUGAUGAUAGAGCAGGUAGGAAACUUAUUAAAUGGGGGGUGCAAUUGUUUCAAAACUAGUAGCAAACUGUAGACCUACCUACAAUUUUAUAAAAGCAUUUGCCACUAUUCAUAUUGAAGCAAAUAUGCCUGCUUCUUCUGUAUCUUCCAAAAAUUCCAUGAAGUACUGCAGCUUUGAAAUGUGCUCAUGGCUCUUACACCAAACUUCAUGCACAGUUACUUUUAGAGCUACACCAAACAAGGCAGAUACACUCCUAAUAUUCUAAUAUUAUGGAACAUUUACAAUGAUAGAAUGAAUGUAACACUUACUUGAAUUUAAUGAGAAGUGUAUUUGAUCAGGCUAGGUGUGAAUAGCUGUACAUGGAUGGGUUUAUGACGUUCAUUGUCCUCUGGUAAUGAUAAGCACGUUCAACUAGCUAUUCCUUUUGUUUCAAUCAGAUGUGAUUUGCAAAGUCUUCCCAUCACCACCACCACCACUGACUAGGGAUAUAUCUGGAGAAAACCCAGGUAACCAAAACAGAAUAAACCAUGAACUAUGAACAACUGACCACUGAAUUGUCUGUCCAAGGUCCCCACUAUUUCAAUGUUUUGACAACUUUUUAGUGACAAAAAUCUCAAGGAACAAUAUUUUCAAAAUUGUAGGCUGCAACCUUAUGGCUUAUGCUGGUACUGUCUGCCCUGCAGAUACUUGGAAUCACAGCUUUGUCUCCUUUUGUGUCUCCUAAAGUGAUCUUUAUGAAUUACUUCCAGCUGGAGUGUAGCUAGAUCUGGUGCAGUUGUUUAUCUUGUUUAGAGCACCAUGCAGGGCCCUUUCAAAGGUUUGUCCAAGUUAGGACUCCAAACUUUCAUUCUCUUAUUACCAUAAAAGUCAAUCUGCUUCUGAUCAGAAAUUAGCCAGUGGUCCACCAACUGCCUUCUGCCCACCCUGGCAGUAGCAGGUUACUGAUGAGCAGCUAGAAAAGAUGAUGAUGAUGAUGAUGAUGAUGACGAUGAUGAUGAUAGCAGCCUUUCUUCCUCUUCUAAAGGUGCAGAUGUUCAGAAAUGAUGAAACUAAUAAGAAACAAGAUCUCAUCCUGGUUCACUGGCUAUAGAAACAGGAAGAUACAAAACAGGAGGAAUGCUUUGGAGCUGUCUGGUGGAACUGAGUUGCAAAAGAAACCUAGUGGGAUUUGAUGAUGUCUCAGUUCAGAAAAAGCACUCUAUGGGUGCUCAUUUAGGUAGAGUAGGCACACUCUACCUGCUGGCUUUAGUGUUUGAAGGGGGCGGGAUCUGUUUGAUAGUUUUUUGUUUGGAAAAUGCCUGGACUACUUUUGUUUCCCAUUCCCUGUAUUUUGAUAUGUGUAAUAAUAAUGGAGCUACAAAAUGUUGAACAAAACGUAUAAGCAGCCAAUCAAAAUCUUUUGUGCCGUCCUGUCAAAACAUUUUCUUUGAAGGGCUCCAAACUCUGUUAUCAUGUGCUGUACAACUCCCCUUAGAUUCUGUUUUGCAGCCCUCUUGGUAAGCAAUUGUUUGUAUUGAGUAUAGUUGUGUUAAUUUGUUUGACAGCAUGAAAAGCUAAAAGUGCUGGGUGAUUCUUUUUGCUUUUAUUGUUCGCUUGAAGCAAAUCAAAUGGAAUCCAUUGCCUUGCAAACAUAACUCCUGCAUAAUUAAGCCAAUCUCUGGUGAUGGAAAUAAAGCUUGGGUGGUGAUUAGCAUAGCAUUAAGUCCUUUGAAGGAGAAGAUGUGUAUUGCUGAUCUGCUGGAUUCACAUUUAGCUCUCUGCAGUUUAAAAUAUGCUCUGUUGACUUCUGAUGUGCUUUUUCUGCAUUGGCUUCCCAUUCCCAUCAAAACAGAGCCCGUCCCAGAUCAGUGGAUAUGAGGAUCUGCCACUCUCCUCCAUUCAGAAGUAAAAGGGGGCACCUUCUGGGAGUGGAAACUCUGGAAGAUCUUAGGAACUUCUGUGUCCACAGCAAGUCACUGUGCCGGGGGUUUCAGAACAGGAUUCUUGGGGACAGAACGGUUUGGUGUCCUCUGAAGAAACCCAAAUAUGAAACCCUUUCUAAGCAUAUGGUUGAUGGUCCUUGUCUGUCAGGGUUUUUAAAAAAUGUUCCAUUAAAAUUGACUGAUAUGGCCAUUUCAAUUUAGAGGGCUGGUUAGACUGUGAUUGCAAAAGUGCCCUAAUGAAAACAAGUGCUGAAAUUAUGUACAUGGUGAACAAUCUGUGAAUAAAAGCCCCAGUGAACAAAUCC